GAACAUUGGAAAAGUAUGGGAGAGGUAAACCUGAGCAGAAGCAGCGAGUUUGAACUCCUGGGUCUCACCAGCGACCCCUGGCUGCAGAGACUUCUCUUCGUAGUGUUCCUAGGCAUGUACACGCUCACCCUGCUGGGGAACCUGGUCCUGCUCCUCCUGAUCCACGUGAGUGCCGCUCUGCGCAUGCCCAUGUACUCCCUCCUCAAGAGCCUCUCCUUCUUGGAUUUCUGCUACUCUUCAACCAUUGUCCCCCAGACCCUGGUGAACUUCUUGGCCAAGCGGAAGGUGGUUUCGUAUCUUGGCUGCAUGGCUCAGAUGUUCUUCUAUGCGGGAUUUGCCACCAGUGAGUGCUAUCUUAUUGCUGCCAUGGCCUAUGACCGCUUUGCUGCUGUUUGUAACCCACUCCUUUACCCCACGGUCAUGUCGCCCAGGGUCUGUACCUCUCUGAUCUUGGGUUCCUUCACCGCGGGAUUUCUCAACUCUCUGAUUCACACCAGCUGUAUCUUUAGUCUGGAGUUCUGUGGUGCUCAUGUGGUCACUCACUUCUUCUGUGAUGGACCCCCCAUCUUGUCCCUGUCUUGUGUGGACACCUCGCUGUGUGAGAUCCUGCUCUUUAUUUUUGCUGGUUUCAACCUUUUGAGCUGCACCCUCACCAUCUUGAUCUCCUACUUGUUAAUUCUCAUCACUAUCCUGAGAAUGAACUCAGCCCAGGGUAGGUCCAAGGCGUUUUCCACCUGUGCCUCCCACCUCACUGCGGUCUGCCUCUUUUUUGGAACAACACUGUUUAUGUACCUGCGGCCUAAGUCCAGCUACUCCCUGACCCAAGACCGCACUGUUGCUGUAAUCUACACAGUGGUGAUCCCCAUGCUGAACCCCUUAAUCUACUCUUUGAGGAACAAGGAUGUGAAGGAUGCUUUAAGAAAAAUUUGGAGCAGGAAAUCAGCAGGGUGAUCUUCUUAAC